AUGUCUCAGUCAACCAUUGAACAGCAGAAGAAGGCGGCGGCGGCGUCUGCUGCCGCCCAGCAAAGUGAUAACGUAGCACAUGCAUUGUCCGGGGCUGGAGGCGGGAUCCUUUCCAUGGCUUUGACUUACCCCCUGAUUACCCUUUCAACGAGAGCGCAAGUCGAAUCGAAGCGCGCCCAUUCUACCACCCUCGAUGCCGUCCGUCGAAUUGUGCAGCGGGAAGGGUUCUCGGGCCUAUACUCGGGACUGGAGUCUGCACUGUUCGGAAUCAGUGUCACCAAUUUUGUGUACUACUACUGGUAUGAGUGGACGCGGUCUGCGUUUGAGAAGGCCGCUAUCAAGGCCGGCCGGGCUUCGAAAAAGCUCACGACCUUUGAGUCCAUGGUUGCUGGUGCUAUCGCUGGCAGUGCAACAGUCAUGAUUACCAACCCAAUCUGGGUCAUAAACACUCGAAUGACGGCCCGCAAAUCCGAUUCUGACGAGCAGACCCUGCCCGGGACGCCCCCCAAGAAAGCACGAGCGUCAACUAUCAAUACCCUGAUGGAGCUUCUUCGUGAAGAGGGCCCCAAAGCCCUUUUUGCCGGCGUCCUUCCGGCGCUCGUGUUGGUCAUCAAUCCCAUCCUCCAAUAUACAAUCUUUGAGCAAUUGAAGAAUGUCUUGGAACGCCGAAGACGCGUUACUCCGAAAGAUGCGUUUUAUCUCGGCGCUCUAGGCAAGAUUCUAGCCACUUCGAUUACAUAUCCUUAUAUCACGAUCAAGAGUCGGAUGCAUGUCGCUAGCAGAGAUGGCCCCAAAGAGAGUCUGAAUGGAAGCUUAAAGAGAAUCAUCAAGGAGGAAGGCUACGUGGGUCUGUAUAAAGGAAUUGGACCAAAGGUGACCCAGAGUGCAAUCACUGCAGCAUUCUUGUUUGCAUUCAAGGAUGUCAUCUACGGCAUGACAGUUGCCGCUCGGAGGAGAACCCAGGCUGUUUCGAAAUAA